GUUUUAGUCUAUGACUGUGUCCCUGACCGGGAAUAUUUAAGUUUAAUUGGUUAUAUUUAUUUGUAAUAUCAAAUAUAGCUAUUAUUUAUUCAAGGUGCACCGGAAAAUAUAACCUGAAACUUAAUUCUUCAAUUUUGUAAACAGUGAAAAUAUUUUCUAAGUGAGCAAAGUGUAAAAAAUAAAUGAUGCAGCAUAUGAUACAAGCCAGUCCAGUACUGGAGAAGUUAAAGCAUUUCCAGCAAGUGUUAUCAUACAGAAUUCAAUUGACAACAUCACAAAAGGUGGUGCUAUGGAGUUUAGGGGUGGUUGGUACCAGUGCAGUAGUAGUAGGGGUGCUGUCAAGGUAUUUGGCUCGGCGACGUGCAAAGCCAAUAUUUAAUCCCAGAAUCCAAAGAGCUAUUAAUAAAAGAUUAUCCAGAAUGAGAAGCCCCAAUGGAGGUAUGGGAUCUGUUGCCAGUAGCGGAGGACGCAGUAGCCCUCUCGGGUUCAGUGAACGUCUUUCACUGGCCUCAGGGUCGAUUGGUUCUGGAGGCGGUGAUGCUGCGCCCCUCUCACCUCAGCAACUUGGUGUCAUGGGUAUGGAGGCGUUAGAAACGAGUAUAAACUACUGGGAGGACGCGCUAGCUGCGUUUUCAGUCGGCGCACGCGGCGGCGUCACCGGCACGCUCGCGCUCACGUCGCCGGAGGAGGCGGAGUUCUGUCGCGAGAUACAGGACCUGCUGCAGAACGCUUACCUCCUGCAGGAACGUUGCGAGCUGCUGUUCCUGGACCAGCGCUCGGUGCUGUUCCGCUCGGAGAGCGGCGGCGCGGGCGCGGGGGAGGGGUCGGCGGGGCGCCGCACGCGGCUGCUCUCCUCGCACACCGCGUCCGAGCACACGCGCAAGGAGCACCACUCCAGCGCCGAGUCCUUCGCCUCCGCGGAGGAUCAGGUGGCAGACCUUAGAGAAUUUGACGACCUAGCGGAAUCAGUUGCUGAACUAGAAAAUUUAGAAUUAUAUCAAAUGGCAGUCAAACAGUUCGACGUUGGAAUACCAUACAGAACGCUGCGCACAGAGGUGGUACAGUGCGGCUCGGACACAGAGUUCCUGUGCAAGCUGCACUGCCUGCGGCUCGGCUUCCAGCACGUGCUGCGAGCCGCCGCCGCGCGCGCCUGGUUCGUGGACGCGGGCCGCCAGGUGCUCACCGACCUGCUGCUGUUUGCGGAUAAAGAACCCAAAGAAUUUCUAGUCGCAUAUGAAGAGAUGGUAUCGUGGACGAACGACCCUGCAAACUGGUCAGCUAUUGAGAACGAAUUGACAAGCAAAGGAGUCAAGGUGGUGUCGUUCUACGACGUGGUGCUGGACUACAUCCUGCUGGACGCGUUCGAGGACCUCGCCGCGCCGCCCGCGUCCGUGCUGGCCGUCGUGCGCAACCGCUGGCUCUCCGACGGGUUCAAGGAGAGCGCAUUAACGACCGCAGUAUGGUCAGUCAUAAAGGCGAAGCGCCGCUACCUGCAGUACCCGGACGGGUUCAUGGCGCACUUCUACUCGAUAUCAGAGCACCUGCUGCCCGUGCUCGUGUGGGGCUUCCUGGGGCCGAGGGAACGGUUGAGAGACGUUUGCGAAUCUUUCCAAUCAGAAAUAGUCGGUUUCGUUACAGAUUUGUUUAGCUUCCACAAAUGUAGAUACACGACAGUCGACGAACUGGCCAUAGAUAUCAUGGAACACGCGCGUUCCAGGGCCACCAACAUCACGGAUAAAAUCGCCGAACGAGUAUAGACAUUGUUUCAUUGAAUGUGAUUUGGGGUAAUCACGAAAAUGGGGACAUCCCAAAAUUGUACCAGACCAGCUAUCUUGGUAUUUUAAACUUCAGGCGUAUUUAGUUAAUUCGACUGGUUCCAUAGAUAUAAAUUCGUAAAUAUCCACAUUUUCCUAUUAUAUCUUAUUACCCCAAAGCACAUUUACGAAGAAAUUAAUUAUAGUUAUAGCACGCACAAUACUUAUAGCAUUAGCGAAUUCAAUCCUCCGAAGAAGUGGCAUCCUUAGGUCGUGGAUAUCCAUGCAACUCGUACUAAUUGAUUAACAUUCAGCGUUUUUAAUUCGCACAGCAAAAUAUUGGAAUGCCCUUCUUUUUGUUUUCAGACACUUACAAUUUUAAAAAGGGUGAACAGGCACCUUCUAGGCAAGUGCGCUCCAACCUAGACCGCAUUACUGAUUUCCGUCAGGCAUAAUUUUAGACAAGCAUGAGCCU